UGACUUCGUCUAAUAAAAAAUACAUAGCGUCUGUUCUUGCGCACCUGUGCCGAAGUAAGCUCAGUCGAAUCACGACAGCCGCGCCGUCGCACGCGCCAUGCAACCUGACGCGUCCCCGCGAGUGUUAUAACGGUACCAAGUUAGUGUGAAUUACGAUGGAUGUGCUGUACUUGAUUGUCAUCUUGCUGCAAGGCUAUGUAUCGGCAGCUUGUAACUUCCCGGGAGCGCCGGCCCAUUGCCACGUGACGUUCUCCAACGACAGCCUGACAGAAGGCACCUCUGCCUGGUACGAAUGUGAUCGAGGCUUCGAACUGCUCGGUCCCUCUAGGAGGGUGUGUACGAGAGAUGGAACGUGGAUUCCUGAGGGAAUACCGUUUUGCGUUCUAAACGUGGCAGCCGGGAAGGCACCAAUGCAAAUUUCAACGGAAGACAGUGGAGUACCACAGCGUGCGUUGGACGGCAGCACAUCGGCUACCUUCAGCGCUGAGACUUGCUCGCUGACUAAACAAGAGCGUGUGCCCUGGUGGUACGUUAACCUCCUCGAGCCGUAUAUGGUGCAACUCGUUCGUUUGGACUUCGGGAAGCCUUGUUGUGGAACGAACAAACCCGCUGUCAUUGUCGUGCGCGUCGGUAAUAACAGACCCGAUUUAGGAACGAAUCCGGUCUGCAACCGUUUCACUGGUUUUAUCGAAGAGGGGCAGCCACUCUUUCUGCCUUGCAACCCCCCGAUGCCCGGCGCAUUCGUCAGCGUUCACUUAGAGGGGUCGUCUCCCAGCCAACUGUCGAUCUGCGAGGCUUUCGUUUAUACCGACCAAGCUUUGCCAAUUGAGAGAUGCCCUCAGUUCAGAGAUCAGCCCCCAGGGAGCACGGCGACUUAUAACGGAAAAUGCUAUAUUUUCUACGAUCGGCAGCCGGCUACCUUCAGGGACGCGCUGGGCUUCUGCCGCUCACGAGGAGGAACCCUAGUGGACGAGAGCAACCCCGCUCUGCAAGGGUUCAUCAGCUGGGAGCUAUGGAGACGCCAUCGAAGCGACAGCAGCAGUCAGUACUGGAUGGGUGCCGUCCGCGACCCCCAAGACCCCAACAACUGGAAGUGGGUGAACGGGAAUGACGUCACGGUAUCGUUCUGGAAUGCUCCGGGGGGCGGAGAGGGUUGUGCCAGAUUCGACGGAAGCAAGGGCUGGUUGUGGGCCGACUCUGACUGUCAAGCGAGAUUGAACUACAUUUGUCAGCACCAGCCUAAAACGUGCGGUAGACCGGAGCAGCCUCCGAACUCGACAAUGACAGCUGACAGUUACGAAGUCGGAUCUUCCGUGGAGUACUCCUGCGAUGAAGGUCAUCUACUAGUUGGUGCCACGGUCAGGACAUGUCUGGACACAGGGUUCUAUGAUGAAUUCCCACCAGUGUGUAAGAGAAUCGAGUGCGGUUACCCGGCGGAGAUCCACCACGGCUCCUACGCGCUGAUGAACGGAUCCGUUUCGUAUUUAUCACACGUCCAGUACUCCUGUGAAGCUGGGUACGAGAUGGCCGGACGCUCGCGUCUGGUCUGUGACAUCGACGAGAGAUGGAACGGACCUCCGCCUCGAUGCGACGUGGUGCAGUGCGAAGAUCCUCCACAAAUAUCGAACGGUCAAGUGUCGAUGUCGCACAACGCGUCUGUAUUCGGGUCGGUGGCUGAAUACGAAUGCUCUGAAGGCUUCGUUCUGCAAGGGCCAAGGAGGAUCGCCUGUCUAGCUUCCGGACUGUGGGACAAAUCUCCUCCUCUAUGUCAGCCGGAAGAACGCCCGACGACGACCACGACAACGACCACGGCUCCUCCACCUCCACCUCCCAGUACGAUCUUUACCCCUCCCCGCCUGCCCCCUACAACACCUCGCCUAGUCCUCCCCUCACGUCGCACCACGAUCCGUCCUCUAUCUUCUCCCACGCCGUUCAUCACUCAAGAACCACGUCGCCCUAAGCCCAAGAGUACUACAGAGCGACCCACGACUAAGGGAUACGAACGAUUUCCUGAGAAGAAAGUCACAGUCCCAGACAGUCAGGACUCCGCAACGAGUCACGUCCCUCACAUCAUUGUGGCGAGUCACCCUAGAGAAAAUCAGAUCAUAGGUAGCGGUAACAAUAUCCGCGCCGAACAGAGUCCUGGGGUCAAUGUCCCACAGCCGGUAGAUGGUGAGCGCCGCGAAUCCACCGGUCCUCGGCUGAACAUCGGGGCUGUGGUCGCUCUGGGCGCCUUCGGUGGGCUCGUCUUCUUGAUCGCCAUCAUCACGACCAUCGUCAUCCUCGUUAGAAGUAGGAAGCACAACAAAGGCAAGAGGUACAGGCACCACGUAUCCCCGGACUGCAACACCGUCGCUUCCCUGGACUCCUCAUCGUCGGAGUCCAGGAGUGGCCUCAACAGGUACUACCGCCAGGCUUGGGAGGAGCUGCACGAGGCCACCGGGGCUAAGCACGGUCACAGGAGACAUGAAAGGGAAGCACCGAAGGAUGGGUCUGAGUUGGUUGUGUCCGACGUGCACCCUGCACCUCAUGCGAGGGACAAGAGGCGCCACCAUCACCACCACCACCACCGCGACGCUAGACACCCAGAUUGGCAGCCACCGCACCGUCCGCAUCAUAACCAUAAACCUAGAUAUUAAAAGACUGUUUCGAUACGAUCCCCAACUGCAAACCUUAAAAGGAAAAAACAAUAUUAUGUUUUUUAGUUAGUACCGAAUUCCUUAUUUGGAUUUAUUAUAAUUUUAUGGUAUAUUAUUUAAUACUUCUGUAUUAGAAUGUGAACUUGAUCAAAUUUUCUUUUGGUAAUGUGUAUUAGUAUAUUUUUUAUUGUAGCUUAUACAUAGCUAAAUUUGUUCAAAACUGAUCAAAUGAUAGAGCAAUACUUUAUGACAUUCCAAAAUGGCGCCAAAAAUAACAAGAGUACCAAAUAAAGUUUAGUUUGUUCUGUAUUUUUGUUAAUUAAUCGUCCAACAAUAGAUAAAUUACUGUUUUUUUUUGUUUAUAUUAUAGAAGUUUCUAUGAAUAUUUGAGCCGUAAAUUAAAUAUAAUAGUACAAUAUAUAAAGUCUAACGGAUAUUCCAGUAUUUUAUUAUAAAUUUAUUCUUUCUUUGCUUAGCUAUGAUUACCUUGAUCUUUUCUUAGAGAUAUAUUAUGUUUCUCAUUAUUCUUUACGUAGCAUAGUGGAUAUGACGCAGUAACAAAAUUGUAAAUAACUUAUUUUAUAAAUAAGAUUAGAUUGAAGUUAAUCAUUGUUCACGGCGCUAACUUUCCUGUUUGAUUAAUGUCUAACUUACUUAUGUUUACCUUACACAUUUUGUAAGUUUGAUUGAAACGGCUAAUGAUCAUUUUAAAUUGAGAGAACGGUUAGAGUAUAAAUGUUAAGAAGUUUCGAGUUUUAUAUAUUUAUUUAUUGUUAUUAGCGUUAUGGUACAAAAUAAUUUUAGACAAAAUAUUAAAUACGAAAUUUGCCGCUUCAAAACAUAUGUUCAUGUAAUAUUAUUAUCUAUAAAUAACAAUCAUAUUUUUGUUUGAUUAUAAUUACAUUAUAUACAUUUCAAUUAUACACUUACCAAUAUAACUAAUUUUUUUCUUCUAAUUUGUAAUGAUUGGGUACUUUACUUUUAAUAAGGACAUGAUUAAAUAAAAAAGCUAUUGAUAUAUUUUCUUGGCAAUCUAAUUUAUGGAUUGUUUUAAUCACCUACCUAUGUAUUAUGUCUGUAUUUGAAUAAUUAAGCCUUCCCUGAAAUAUUCGUUUUAAGCGGUAAUAUUUCGCAGAAAGUAAAGGAUUAAAGGAUGUGCCAUCGAACAGGCAAAUACAAUUUAAGAAUUAAUAGUAUAUUCUUAAAAGAAAUGAUUAUUCUUAAGUUAUGUUAUUAUAUUUGACUUUCACGAGUCAUAAAUAUGCUUAAAAGAAAUAUUUGUGUUUCAGUCGUCGUUAUUUUGUACGACGUUACGUAAAUUUUCGUGGUGAAGUUAGACUGAACGUUAAUAAGCAAAGAAUACGAACGCGAAAAUAUAUGUACAGCAAAUGUUUCUUUUAAAUUUGGUAUAGUAAUAACGUAGGUAUUCAUGGCUUUUAAGUUUCUUAAGUUGAAUAUUUACUGGAAAUUGAUUUGUUAUUUAAUGUGUGUAGUAGGUUUGCAAUAAUAAUUCCUCAAAAAGUCUAAUCUAAUUGUAUUAGCAUAAGUAACUGUGCGUCUGUCUAAAACAAGAAUAUCUUCAAUUGAUAUAUUUCAUAUGUAAAUGACUAGAUUACUUUCCAUUUUAUAUUGCUUUUUGUGGAUUAAGGACUGAUUCACCUGUGAGUAAAUCAUUUUAAAGUUGAUUUCCUUUAAUUGUCAAUGAACAUAGAUUGGUGAAUACCUACAAUAAUUGUGUACUGUAUGUAUGAAACUAUAAUAUAAUAAUAUAGUAUUAAAUAUUUGUGAUAAUCAAAA